AUGGUAUCCAAUGAUGAAGAAAGUUCCCCUGAUGGACGACGAUCGUCUUCGCGAAGUCCGAGACGGUCCAAGCCGGAAAGAGACUCCAAGGCAAAAGAACGAAGCCGUCGUGGUCCGUCCUCACGCAGCACACCUGGGGCUGUGCGUUCUUCCAGCACCAGCGAACGAAACAAGAGACGCUCAGCUGAGGAUCACAAUAACAAGUCCUCUCGCAGAGGUGGACGAAGCUCAAGGUCCAACAGCAGUUCUCUUUCUCCUAAACGGGGAGAAGCUGGAAGAAGUAUUACACAUUCUUCGAGCGACCGGAAAAAGGAACGAAGGUCCACUCGAGCAUCGACUCCUGGUGCUCGA